AUGUGUGUAAGUGAGGAAGAUUAUGGCAUUCAAGAUGAGUUUGAAAAUGGAGAAGAACAAACUAAGAAAAAUGAUUCAGUUAGAGUAGAAAAGUUCACUGCCAAUGUUGAGAAUUUUCUUGAGAUUCUAGUUGAGGAAGAGGGCAAGAAAGAAGUUGAUGAAGGUGAAGAUGAAGAUGAAUUAAUAGAUUCAGAUUAUGAGCCUAGUGAUGAUGAGAUAGUUGUUGACAAGGGAAAAAGUCCAAAUAAUGUGACUCAGAAAAUUAAGAAAACCGACAAGGACAUUAUGAGUUUAAUCCUAAGUGUGACAUGGAGGAUCCAAUGUUCAAGAUUGGUAAAGACAUUGAAUAAUACACACACAUGCGGUAGGGUAUUCAAGAAUAAGAAUGUUACUGCAAAGUGGCUAGCUGAAAAAUUUGAGAAGAAAUGGAAGACUGACCCAUAUUGGUCUAGGGCUAGUUUUGCACAAGAAGUUAGAGAUACAACUGUCGGAGAUGUUUCACUUUCCAUAUAUUAUAGAGCUAGGAAAUUGGCUUUGAAGAAGAUAUAUGGAUCACUGAAGGAGCAAUAUUCUUUAUUGUGGGACUAUUGUGAAGAAUUGAAAACUAGCAAUCCUGGAACUACUGUUUUUAUGCAAUGUAACUCUGAGAAAGGGUAUCCUGAGUUUGAAAGACUGUAUGUGUGUCUUGCUGCUUGCAAGCUAGGAUUCUUGGCAGGGUGUAGACCAUUAGUCGGUCUUGAUGGUUGCCACAUUAAAGGGCACCAUCAAGGUCAAUUACUAGCUGCUGUUGGUAUUGAUGGAAAUAACUCUUUCUUCCCAGUUGCAUAUGCAGUUGUAGAAUCUGAAAACAAGGACUCUUGGAAUUGGUUUUUAGGUUUUUUAAAGGAUGACUUGAACAUUCAAGACAAUUCAAGGAUAUUUUGGAUGUCUGAUAAACAAAAAGGACUAAUUGAAGCGAUUAAAAUAUGUUUUGAGGGGUCUGCUCAUAGAUUUUGUGUGAGACAUCUAUAUAAUCAUUUCAAAAAAGAGUUUAAAGGGUUGGUUCUUAAGCAAGUUGUGUGGAGGGCAGCAAGAGCUACAACUAUUCAUAGGUUUGAGGCUGAAAUGGAGAAGUUGAAGGGUCUAAAUGUUGAUGCAUAUAAGUGGUUGGAUGCUAAAGAUCCAAAAACAUGGACCAGAUCACAUUUUCAACCUAAUCCAAUUUGUGACAUGUUACUUAACAACAUGUGUGAGUCUUUCAAUUCAGCAAUACUGGAGGCUAGAGAUAAGCCAAUUCUUACUCUACUAGAAACUAUUAGAAGGUAUAUAAUGGUGAGAUUAGUUAUGAAGAAGGAAAGUAUUUCUAAAUGGAAUCAUGACAUUGCACCAAGAAUUUUCAAGAUACUAGAGAAUAACAAGUCUCAUGCCUUGCAAUGUAUACCUGAGUAUUGCGGUGAUGGAAAAUUUGAGGUGAGAUGUUAUUUUGGUGAUAGAUAUUGCGUUGAUUUAAAUACUAAGACAUGCAGCUGUAGAAGAUGGCAACUCACUGGAAUACCAUGUUCUCAUGGUAUAAGUUGCAUGGAGGAUAGAGACAUUAACCCUGAGUUGUUAGUCCACGAGUGUUACAACAAGACCACUUAUUUAAAAAUAUAUGGUUAUGUUGUAAAUCCAUUAAAUGACCCUGAGGCUUGGAGAAAAACAAGUCUUGACCCCCCACGAGCUCCUCCAUUUAGAACACUACCUGGAAGACCAAAGAAGCUAAGAACAAUGGAGCCAGGUGAAGUUGAAGUUCCAGGAGGUAGAACUGUAAAGAUGAGGAGGGUACAAGAGGUUAAAACAUGUAGCAUUUGUGGUAAACAAAACCAUAACAAGAAGGGAUGCCCCAAGAGAGAACAACAACCACCAAUUGAAAGCAAAUCAAUUACAACUAUAAAGAAGAAGAAGGAAAAUAAAAAAGAUAAGAUGAGAAGAGAUAUUGGAAUCAAGGUUCUUGACAAACAUACUGGAACAAGCAAAGAAAAGAGGGAAGGCAAUGAAAAGGAAAAAAACAAAGAGAAUGUCAUAUAG